AAUGCUGGCUUGAAAGUAGUGAAAACGUUAUUCUGCUCCGUCGAUAUGCAGUUCGAUUUGUUUGCUGCAAUUUUCAAGCAGAGGAAUUCUACUUUAUAAAUAGAGAUUAGUUUAAUCCGACCUCGGCUGAUAAUGUCAAUUAAUGGGGAUACGAUCGAAAGGAUUUUACUGGUGAUCUUAAUUAGCAUUAUUGUGAUUACCACUUUCAUUGAUCACUUUGGUGACGUUUCAGCGUCACGAGAAUAUUGACUGGUCAUUAGAAACGCACUUAAAUACUUCAGAAUUUGAAGACGAGACUGAAAUGUACAGAGUGAAACGCGCAGUGGAUUACUUGAGCCAAUUCGCGCGGCAGUUGCAGGGGGUGAAAAAUUGCUGUGUGGUGCCACAAAUAUUGCCAAAGUCGAGUCUGCAAGCGUGCUCGGGGUCGGACGCGUACACAGCCGCGGUGCCUCAGCCCAGACAAAUAGACGACGGCAUCGGCCUGUUCGGAGCUCUCCAGAGACUUUUCGGCGGCCGGAGGUACAGACGUGGUGUGCAGACGUUUGGCGUACAGGCCAUGUGCUACUCAGAUUGUGUUUUUCGACAGUUGAAACUAGUUAAUGACAACGGAACUCUAAAUUUUGACGAGAGCAACAAAGUAUUCAUGACUGAACUGUCCAAGCUCAAUGUGAAGAGCGACCUGUGGCAAAAUGUCACUCAGGACUCAUUCCUCAAAUGCAUGGAUCCUGCAUCAAAGGGAACUCCUUUGCAAAUCACAACUGACAGUGGUAGAAUCUGCUUUUCAAGGCCUACUGUUUUAAUGACCUGCGUAAAACGGUUAAUGGCAAAGAGGUGCUCUGAAGUGUAUAACUCUAGUAAGAAAUUUAACUUUUUUAAAUUAUAAGUUUACAAUGAAAUUAU